AUGUUGAUCGAAUCAAUAAUUGAAUCAGCGUAUGAUACAAAUGUACCUAAAAUUUUAUUUAUUGGAGUGGCUCAAAUCUUCAACUUUUUAAAUGAGGAAAAUUAUAAACUAAAUUUGAGGUUUAAAUCAGAUAUUAAAGCUAUUACAUUAUCCAAAACUAUCAAAAUACCAAACACCUAUUUCAUUGCUUUAUUUUUAUUUUUGAAAUUCGAUUCAAAAAUUUUAAACCUAUCAGCAUUAAAUAUCAUACUAUACUUUCUUAACAAUGGAUCUCAAUUUGACGAAGCUUUCAAAUUUGAGAAAUUUAAACAUAUAUUUCCUCGAAUAAUUGAUUUACUUGGUUAUUCAAAUGAUUUACCUUAUAUAUUAGAUUCAACAAGUAUUUUAACUGAUAUAUGUGGCAAUCAUCAAUUAUUAAAUGAAGAAAUUUAUAAAUGUAAUAUAGAUGCAAGAUUAAUAAAGAUUUUAAAUUCAAAAUAUAAAAGUAAUAAACUACUCAAGGACUUGAAACAUUUAAAAAGAGAAAGUAAUCGAGGUAAAUUAUUGAUUAAUUUUUUGGAUUUGGGCCAUUUUGAUGAGUUAAAUGGGAUAUCAAAUUUAUUACUUUUAUUAUCUGUAUUUACGAAUACUUUGGAACAAUAUAGGAAUAGAAUUAUAAAAAACGAUUUUGAAACGAAUUUAUCACAAUUAAUAUUUGAAAUUAUUGAUACUUAUUAUUUUUUACUUGAACAAUUGAAAAUAAGUUUUAAAUUAUUAAAUCUAAACAAAGUAAAAAAGGAAGAUUUUAAUUGGCUCAAUUCAAAUGUGUCUAUAUUAAUCUCAAUUUUAAAUUCAAAAUUAUUCACCAAUUGUUUUUAUUUCAUUAGAUCAAUUUCAAGAUCAGUAGGUACUUUAAGAACAUUUUUUGUUGAAUGUAAUUCAUUAAUUAAUUUUAAAAAUUAUCAAGAAUCUGAAAAUCCAUCAAAUCAAUCACAAGUUUCAGAAGUUGCAUAUUCUAGUUUUAUUACAAGGAAUGAAAAUCAAUCAAUAUCAACUAAUAAUACAACAUCAGCAUCAACAGGUGGAUUCAUUAUUGAUUUUCUUGAAAUUGUUGCAAAUUUCGAAAAUUUAGAUAACUACCUCAAAUUUUUUAUUCAACAAGAGCAACACCUAAUUAAAACUUUGAAAAUACAAAAGACAAAUCAAACUAUUGUAAUUGGAUUAUUGGCCAAUUUUAUACUCGAUUUUAGUUCAUUUAGGUAUAAGAUUUUGGGAUAUGAAAAUUUUUUGAACAAUUUAUCAAAUAUUUAUGAAAUGAAUACUACUGAUGAUAUUGAAUUAUCAGAAGAAGACAAGUUUCAAAAAAAUACAAUUCAAUUAAAAAUUUUACAAUUUAUUAAAAAUUUAUUAUAUAAUGAAGCUACUGAUUAUAAAUUAGAUAUAAUUGAAUGUAAUUUUUCAAUGUUAUAUAUUUUAAGAAAAGCAAGUAUUGGCUUAAUUAAAAUUGAUUUAAAUAAUAGUUCUGAAAUUAGUCAAUUAUUAAUUCAACAGAAAAUUGUAUCAUUCGAAAUUUUGAAAAAUUUCACAGCUGGUUCACCAAAUCAUAAUCAAUUAAUUAUAAAAGAAUAUGAAGAUCCAUUUUAUUCAAUUUUUCAAAAUGAAUUACCUAAUAAUUGGUCAUCAUUCCUUGUUGAAAAUAUAAUGAACGUUAAACUAUUUUUAUCGGAUCCAGAUUCAGAUUCAGAUUUUUUCAAAGAUGAAACAUUGAGUCAAUUACUUUACAAUACAGAUUAUGUUAAGUUAGUAACGUCAAUUAAUUAUAUUGAAGAUCAUAAAUUUACACAAAUUGACACAAUUAAAAAACUGAUAUUUCCAACUGAUGAAUUAUUGACUAUUUGGAAAAGAUUAUUAAGUUUUGAAUUAAAAGUUGAUAAAAUACAAUCAAACCACCUAAAUCAGAUUAAAAUUUCAAUUGUUUGGAUAAUUAUAAAUCUUACAUGGAAUGUAAAUUAUCAAACUGAAUCAGAUGCUCAUGAUUAUUCACAUUAUGAAGUUUAUCAAACUGUGAAUUCAAAACAACUAAACGAUAACAUCAAUUUGUUUGAAGGCUUUGAUGAUGAUAUUAAUUUCAAUUAUGAUUUAGAUUUAAAUAAACAAGAACUAAAUGUAUUUGAUAGGAUUAAAAUUCUUGAUCUGUUUGGAUUUACCAAGAUUAUUAAAAAAUUGAUAAAUAAAUAUAAGUCAGAUUAUGUGGUUGUUAAAUUUAAUAAAUUUGAAAUUCAAAAUAAUCAUGCAUUAUAUGAAAAAUUACAAGUUGCGAUGAAACAGAUAAUAAAUGGAAUGAAAGAACCAAACAGGAAAGAAAAAAAAGAAACUGCUAAAGAAAAAGAUAAAGAAUCAUCUUCUCAAACUGUUGAUGAUUCACCAACUCCUAGGAAUAGUGAUGAUGAUGAUGAGCUCAGAUAUCAACGUUCAAAUAGAAGAGAUGCUAUUGAUUCAGAAGAUAAUGAUGAAAGUUAUGAUGAUCGAGAUGAUCAAGAGGAUCCUGAUAUGGAUGAUGAAGAGGGUAUAGAUGAAGAUAUGGAUGUUGAUGACGAUGAUGACGAUGAAGAUGAUGAUGAAGAAAUAGAAGGUGAAGAAGAAUCUAAUGAUAAUGAUAAUGAUGGUAAUGAUACUAAUGAUUCAGAUGAUGUACCUACUGAAUAUUGGGUUAUGUAG